GAGGAGCCCCCAGCCUCAUCCUUGGUGGGGAGGAGAGGCUAGAGGGUUGCCAUGCUGUAGGGGCCUGUGGGGAAGGAGGGAGGGAGGGAGCUCUGAAGGGAGCAUCUCUGUGGACGGGGAGACGCCUGUCAUGUUCGCCGAGCUGCUCUUCCAGACUGCCUGUGUGUCUGUAUUCCUUCAAGGGGCCCCGGGGAGAGUCUACACAGGAAGGAAGAAACUUGCCAACUUCGCCGUGGAGAGACGCCGUGUGGGGCCACAUGUUUGUCUCUCUGGGUUUGGAAGUGGAUGCUGCCCUGGGUGGGUGCCAUCUCCAGGCAGUGGCCAGUGCACCCUGCCUCUUUGUUCCUUUGGCUGUGGCAGUGGCUUGUGCAUCGCUCCCAAUGUCUGUUCCUGCAGGGAUGGAGGGCAGGGCAUUACGUGUCAAGAUACCCCUAGAGCCUGUGGAGAAUACGGCUGUGACCUUGCUUGCAACCAUGGUGGCUGCCAGGAAGUGGCACGUGUGUGCCCACUGGGAUUCUCCAUGACAGAGACUGCCAAUGGAGUUCGGUGUGCAGACAUUGAUGAAUGCCUGAGUGCCUCCUGCGAAGGCCUGUGUGUGAAUACCGAAGGAGGGUUUGUAUGUGAAUGUGGCCCAGGGAUGCAGCUUUCUGCUGAUCGACACAGCUGUCAGGAUACUGAUGAGUGCCUAGCAACACCCUGUCAGCACCGCUGCAAGAACAGCAUUGGCAGUUACCGAUGUUCAUGUCAUCCUGGUUUCUACCUGCAUGGAAACCGGCACUCCUGCAUGGAUGUGAAUGAAUGCCGCCGGCCCAGUGAGAAGCGAACCUGCCAGCACUCCUGUCACAACACGUUGGGGAGUUUUAUGUGCGGCUGUCGCCCAGGCUACUGGCUCAGUGUGGACAGAGUGUCCUGUGAAGGUUUUUCGAAGACCAGCCUGGCCCCGUCUCCAAUCCUGCAAUCUCUCCAGCAUCCACCAACGUUGCUCCACCUUUCUCCAGAGUCUGUGGCACCUCUUCAGCCUCCCAGGGCCUCUCCUCCUUCCCGAGCUCCUGCUCCACACAGUGUACCCAGAACUCAGCCCCCUUCCUCUCUCCUGUCUGUUUCCUCUACGCCUCCACCUGCAGCCUCUCCUGCUCAUGCAUUCCCUGCACCCAGUCCUUCCCUUGACGUGUCCCCUUUGCUAAGAACAGCCAGGCCCUCUGUGAUGAUGAGCCAUUUGCCACCAUCAUUGCGACGGGAGGAGGUUACAGUAUCCCUUCCCACAAGUACCUCCACUCCAUCAGCUUCCCCUGCUGCCCUGCCUUCUAUCUGCUGGCAUGAAGGGGUACCUCAUGAGAAUGGCAGCUACUGGAUGGAGCCAGGCUGCCUGAACUGCUCUUGUGAGGGCAAGCAAGUGCUGUGUAUAGCAGUGACGUGCCAGGUUACCUGCUCCCAUCCAAUCCCUGCAGUGGAGGGGAAGUGUUGUCCUAGCUGCACAGGCUGUUUCUACGAUGGGGUUGCCAGAGCCGAGGGGGAUGUUUUUGCUCUCGCUGAUGAGAACUGCACAGUCUGUGUCUGCCUGGCAGGCAAUGUAUCCUGUAUCUCUCCUGAAUGUACACCCACUCUGUGCCCCAGCUCUGCCCAGACAGACUGUUGUCCUUGCCGGCCUGCAGAAUGUCAUUUCCGUGGAUUGACGUACAUAGAAGGAGCUGAGUUCAGCCUGGAUGGAGAUGACUGUACCACCUGUGUGUGUAGGCAAGGUGAAGUGGAGUGCUCCUUCACUCCCUGUCCUACUUUGGAGUGUCCCAGAGAUGACUGGCUGCUGGUUCCAGGGCAGUGCUGCUACACCUGCAGAAAGGCUGCACCCAUGACAGGUUGCUUCGUGGAUGACAAUGGAGUUGAAUUUCCAAUUGGACAGAUCUGGUCACCGGGUGAUCCCUGUGAGUUAUGCAUCUGCCAGGCAGAUGGUUCAGUGAGCUGCAAGAGGACAGAUUGCCUGGAGACGUGUCCUCAUCCAAUACGGAUCCCUGGCCAGUGCUGCCCUGACUGCUCAGCAGGUUGUACCUAUGCAGGCAAGAUUUUUUACAAUAAUGAGACAUUCCCAUCCAUCUUGGACCCCUGCCUAAGUUGCAUUUGUUUGCUGGGCUCUGUGGCCUGUUCUCCCGUGGACUGUGUUGUCUUCUGUACAUACCCUUUCCACCCUGAAGGGGAGUGCUGUCCUGUUUGUCAUGAUUGCAAUUACAAAGGAAGGAAAGUGGUGAAUGGACAUACCUUUGUACCAGAGGGUGAACCCUGCAUUCAUUGCACUUGUCAGCUUGGAGAGGUGAGCUGUGAAAAGAGGCCCUGUCCAAGCACCUGUGCAGAGCCCUUUGCGCCUCCUGUACAUUGUUGCCCAGACUGCCUAGGUAACGAAGUGACAGAUGCCCUGGCCUCACUGGAGAACAGACUAGCCACCUCUCACACAGAGGCUGAAGAAGCAGAGACAGACUUGCAGACCUUUCAAAGACAUUCCAUGGCCUUGAUACCUGAGGACAACUGCAGCCUCUGCAACAGCACCUCUGUACCUGCCCCACUAACUCCAGGGGUUCAUCCUGCAUCAAGCAAUGCAACUACUUGGGAGACUCGGCAUGUGACCCCAACUGCACCAGGGAAUGCUGGGCUCCAUCGAAGCAGACCAGAGGAUCUCUCCAGGAUGCAGCUCAACAGACCACCAAGUGUCAGACUCCCUCCAUCUUGGCUAGGCUAUCCUGCAACCCCUCGAAUAAGGUCAGGAGGCACUCUGCCACCUCUAAGUAGAGCAGAAGCUGUCAGGCCUCAUCCCACCAGACCGAGCUCUUUUGGUUCCCCUUCAACUCAUUCUCAUCAGCCUUCUUUCCUUACAAGGACAACUGGAACAUCUGUGCUCUCCACUGCUGUUUAUACUCCCACUCCACCUACUGCAGCAACCCACACAGAUGCCAUAAGUGGCCCUGUUGGUCCUUCAUAUAACCCCCACUUUCCUCUACCACCUCCACUGUCAGCAAACCCCACUCCAGACUUUCCUUAUCAAGAACUUCCUGGGAGCCCAUCUCACACAACUAAUUUCCCUGUGGGCCAGCAAACUGUGGGGAGCAGCCCUACAUUACCCCCUGAUGAUGAAAAUAACAUCAAUGGCACAGAUCCAUAAAGAAGAACCUGUUUUGGACUGGAGAAAUAUAACCACUUCAUCCUCAUAAAUGAAGGAGGAUAUC